ACUCUAAACGGUGUUCAUGUAAUUAUUUCCACCGACAAGUUCAUUGAAAACAACAACAACGACGUACAUUUUAACAACAAAACAGAUAUAAAAGCUUCUUAUUUAUGCGUGCAAAUGAGUAAGGUGGAGGACGUGACAUCACUUCCUGUUCCCGAUGACCCUGUCGACUGCACAGCCGAGAAUGACCGCAGACUGUGGAUAGGCAAUCUUGACCUUCGCAUAACAGAGUUUGCCUUGCUGAAGAUCCUGCAGAGGUUUGGUUCCCUGGAGAGGUUUGACUUCCUGUGCCACAAGACGGGCCCCGACCAGGGCAAGUCACGAGGCUACUGCUUCGUGUCAUACUCCACCAGAGAGGAGGCAUUGAAGGCCAUCAAGUCCCUGGAUAAGAAGCUGGCCAUGUCCAAACGUCUCAUAGUACGCUGGGCACACAAGCAGGAGGAUUCUGACCCUGCCCAAAGAGUGGAGACCAGCAGAGCAUGUUCUGUGAAUGAGCUCAGUAUGUUUUGUUCCAGCACGGAUUCCAAGAUACGAGCCAUUGAAAUGAAGCUGAGACUGAUGGAGAAGUCGGCUCCUGAUUUCAGCAUCUCCACUCGGCCAAGCCAGCAGCCUGGAACCAGCAAAUACAGCAGUGCACAGGCAGGAAACCAGCAGUCAACCCAAAGACAAAACAAUAAACCCUACCACAGAAAAGAGACCAAAAGAUGACACAGGCUACACCAAAAUUAGUUUUUAGUGAUUAAAAUGUGUGUAUUUUUAGUUUUACAUUUGCAAGCUUUUAAUCCAUACUUGUAACAGUAUUUUAAUGCACAGUCUAAACUCCAUUUUUGUUUGGAAGAUUCAAGCUGUUUGUAUUUGCUUGAUCAUAGCUUUCAUAACAUAAUGCAGACGAUGUGAAUAAUUGCAGUUUUGUGAGUGGGAAUUAGAAUAGGUACAAUAAGACGAACAAAGAUUUAUUGCGACCUAUUUAUGAUUAUGAACGUACAGUACUGAAAUAAUUUUUACAGAUAUUUGGACGGACUCCCUUUGAACAAAUGCUUUGCCUGUCUGUGUUCUAUAUCCCUAUGUAAUGAUGAAGAACUCUAACUUUAUUUUUGAUUUCAUAUUGUACUAUUGUUGAUAUCAUAGUGCACAUUUCUUCUGGAAAAUAUUUAGUCAAUUUUAAGAAAUAGCUUUUGAACACUCUAGAGGCGGAAUAUAUUGCCCAAUGUUCAUGAAACUUUUUACUCAACAUGAUAUCUCAACAGAGCUCAGAACUGGAUCAAGUGUAGUAAAAAAACACAAUCACUUGGUCAAAUUUAUGAAAAAGUUUUUGAUCACUCUAAAGGCUAUUUUUUUCCCAAUCUUAUUGAAACUUGGUGAGAACGUUUGUCCUAAUGAUGACUAUGCUGAGUUUAAAACUUUGUCACGUGGGAUGAAAAUUAAAGAAAAGCUUGUGAAUACUUCAGAGGCCACAUAUUCCGGCAACCAUUAUGAACUUUUCUCAGAGCAUGUGCAGACUUGGCCGAGUUUGGAACCUUUAGAGCCUCUUAUAGUACUUCCCAUUAUGAUUAAUUAUUUGCAUCUUUUAAUUUAACCCUUCACCACUUGGAUAAGUAUUUGUAUGCAUUUGUAAAGUUGAAUUUAAUUCAAGACCUUUCUUACUAGAUUCAAGUUUUUAAGGCUUAAUUCCAACUCAUAGAUACUGAUGAGCAGCAAACAGCAUAAAACCUGAACAGACUGCGAGAUACUCGCAGGCUGUUCUGGUUUUAUGCUAGUUGCGAAAGCCAUUUUCACUUUGCUUCUUAUGGGGAAAGUGUUAAUUUGUUUUUAAAUUAAUUAUAUUUUGGAAAUGAAAGUUGUAAGAGGGACCAUUCAUUCAAUGUUCUCAUAGAAGAUAUGAAAGGCAAUGUCAGGCUGUUACCUGUUUUCAGUGUUCAGUCCCAGGUUUUGGAUAUUCAAGGAUGUAGAUAUGUUCUGUAAAGGUGUUAUGUUUUUCAUACUUGAUCUAAAACUUUCAUCUUGAUGACCUGCCACCAUAACUGCAAAAGAAGCAUUCUGUCGUAAUGGUUCCUAACACAUCAGUUAAAGUGGGCCAUUAUAUUUGCUUGGUGAUAUUUUUUCUAACAAAUAUUUUCAUGGUAGAAGUAAAAUUGCUUGAAGCCAAUAGUGGCCAAGCAUGUGUUACCAUGUCUUUGCUUUCAGGGAUUCGAUUUCUACUUCUUUCAGCUGAUGUUCUCCUUUUCAAUGCCAACAUUGUACAGCCAAUAGUGUUGAACUUCACAGGAUCUAUUUUAUAUUGAAUAAUUUUGGGGAAUCUGCUUAAAGAUGAAAGGUGUUGUGUUUCCAUAUUCACAGCCCUGGUAUUGUGCAGCUCUGUUAGGCAUCUCCCAACAUUACUUCAUUGAAAUCAACCCGUCUGAUAUGAAAUUGAAGACAUAUCGCAUGCUGUUUUAUGUUAUUUAUAUAUAUUAAUGUAUUAUUUUGAACAAAUAGAUAAUACCGAUUAGCCUU